GUCCUUACCAAUUAGACAAGAUUUACGUACAGCGACCAUGGAAGUGGUGGCGUUUCCGUACCACCACCGUACUCCUCCGCCAGAUUUUCCAUCACGUGAAACCGGAAAGUUAGCAGUUAACCGGAGUGUACUUCCUCUACGAUUCAGCAAUGUUAGAAUGACAAAGCUGACGUAUGAAGGAAUAAUCUUAACGCAGAAAUCAAGAAAACUGACGGUGGUGGAAGCAGUUUCCGGCGGCGGAGUUUCACUUCCGCCACUGGAUUUGACGGAGGAUAAUAUCCGUCUGGUCCUAACAGAGGCUCGCGUCGAGCUUGCACAACUCUUCGAUUUAUCGGUUGGGAUAACAGGACAAGUUGAGUUGGUGGAACUAGACGGACCGUUCGUUAAGAUAAGUCUAAGAGGCAAGUUUUGGCACACACGUGCAAUGGUUCUAGCUCGUAUCGGAAACUACUUGAAGCAGAGGAUCCCUGAGAUUCUUGAAGUUGAGAUUGAAGAUGAGAAGCAACUCGAUGAUAGUCCUGCAAAUUUCUAAACUUUGUUAUUUCGACACCAAUAUCGAUAUUCCCUUUUGGUUGCUUAAUGUGACAUGUUUAUGAGUUGUUUAUGCUUGGUCACAUAUAUCAAAAGUACUUUAGGUUCAUGUAUAUUUAACAAAUCUGUCUAAGACCAAUUUGGGGCCCAUAACUUAUUCCUGAGUUCAAUUAGAUUUUAUUUGGGUUAUGGUAUAUUUAAUUAUCAUAUCCA